GAUAUAUCAUCUCCACCCUAUCCCUAAAUCCCUCUUCCCCAUUCCUUCUUCUCUCCUCUCCACCGUCGCAGCGCCUGCCCGACCAGAGCUCCCCCGGACGGACGUGUCCAAGUCCAGCCACUCGCCGCCGCCGCGGUCGCUCCUCUCCGACUUCAAUAUGGAGACUGAAGCACAAGAUUCUCAACCCCAUAAAUUUUCAAUCAAGCUAUGGCCACCCAGUGAAAGUACAAGAUUGAUGCUUGUGGAGCGGAUGACCAGGAACCUUUCCACGGAAUCUAUAUUUUCCAGAUGGUACGGACUUUUGAGCAAAGAAGAGGCCAGUGAGCAUGCUAAACAGAUAGAGGAUGCAUGUUUUGCUGCUGUUAAUGAACAUUUUAAUAAAGAGCCUGAUGGGGAUGGGAGUUCUGCAGUUCACCUAUAUGCCAAUAAAACUAGUAAGCUCAUUCUGGAAGUUCUCAAAAGAGGCCCAAGGCCAAAAGAGAAUGGGGAAGUGACUCUGGGUAGUAAGUCUCUUACACCUGGCAAAACUUAUUUUGAUAUCUCUGGUGGUCGUCGGGCUUUUAUUGAUGCUGAGGAAGCCAGGGAACUCCUAAGUCCUCUGACAGAGCAAGGGAAUUUGUAUACAAAGAUUUGCUUCAGCAAUAGAAGCUUUGGUAUUGAUGCGGCUCAUGUUGCAGAGCCUAUCCUCACAUCCCUCAAAGAGCAGCUGAAAGAAGUAGACCUUUCCGAUAUAGUUGCAGGAAGGCCAGAGGAUGAAGCUCUUGAGGUUAUGAGGAUAUUCUCAUCAGCUUUGGAAGGUUGUGUGCUGAGAUAUCUGAACCUCUCUGACAAUGCCUUAGGUGAGAAGGGUGUCAGGGCAUUUGGGGCACUUCUAAAAUCCCAGAACAGCUUGGAGGAGCUUUACUUAAUGAAUGAUGGGAUAUCUGAGGAAGCUGCAAAGGCCCUGAGUGAGCUUGUUCCAUCGACUGAAAAUAUUAAGAUCCUGCAUUUCCAUAACAAUAUGUCUGGAGACGAAGGUGCAGCUGCAAUCUCUCAAAUGCUGAAACAAUCUCCUGCGUUAGAGGACUUCAGAUGCUCAUCAACGAGGGUAGGCUCUGAGGGAGGUAUUGCAUUGUCUGAGGCCUUAGAGGCCUGUACUCAUUUGAAGAAACUUGACCUCCGAGACAACCUAUUUGGUGUGGAUGCUGGGAUAGCCCUAAGUAAGACUCUCGGAAAGCUUGUUGGCCUUACCGAAGUUUACCUGAGCUAUCUCAAUUUGGAAGAUGAAGGGGCCAUAGCAAUUGCCAAUGCCCUGAAACAGUCUGUUCAUUCCCUUGAUGUCUUGGAGAUUGCUGGAAAUGAGAUCAGUGCCAAAGCUGCCCCUGCAUUGUCAGAAUGUGUGGGUUCGAAGCAGUUCCUCAGUAAGCUGAACUUGUCUGAGAACGAACUGAAGGACGAGGGUGCAGUUCUGAUUGGCAAAGCAUUGGAAGGUCAUUCAAAGCUCAAAGAACUUGAUCUAAACACUAAUAUGAUAAGGAGGGCCGGGGCAAGGUGCCUGGCUCAGGCAGUGUCAAAUAAACCUCACUUUGUGCUUCUGAACAUUAAUGGUAAUGCCAUCUCUGAGGAAGGUAUUGAUGAAGUGAAGGAGAUACUGAAGGCAGGUAAGAACUCUAUGGGCGUCCUUGGGCCAUUGGACGAGAAUGAUUCUGAGGGGGAAGGUAGAGAAGAGGCAGAGGAGGCAGAAGGAGAGGAGGGUAUUUCAGGAGAUGGAGGGGAAUUGGAGUUGAAGCUUCAGCAUCUCAAGGUAGAUCAGGAGUAAAGAUUGUCAUUUGAUUCAUUGGGAUACAAGCUUCAGCUGUGCCACUCAGUUUUUGCUCUUUCUGUGGACUACUUUGUGUCUUCAGAAAUGUCUUACAAAUGGCAGCAACACAUUUUCUGGCAUGUUGACCGUCAUUGCUCUUGCUGUUGAAGGCCAGCUUUUACUGGAGCUGGACAACUCUGUAUUAGGUCCUUCGUAGCUAAGGGUUGACCUUUAAGAUGUCUUGCCAUGUUUCUCUCAUUGUUAUAAAAUAGGAUUUGGAUUCGGGGGUCGUUUGGGCUCCUUGCUGUGUUCCCUUUUGUUAUCCUGUUGGUGAUUGCUGCUGUUUUUACUUGGUUUUUGAAAAUAACAACAGCUCAUUCGGCAUGAAGUUUGGUUUAUCCUACAACAGCAGCUGUCAUCUUAGUCAUCUGAUGGUGCCAAUUAUUGUUGGCUUUGGCUUUCAUGUUAUUUGAGGUAAUUAAUGUUUCUGACA